CGGAUGACUGUUAUAGACAUUUGUGGCGCCCCCUCCAGGUUGUGGUCAGAAUGCUUAGGAAGGCAUUCUAGCUUACACGAAAUACAGAUAUCUUCAAACUUUUAUAAUCAUUAGACAAAUGGUAAAUUGGGUUGUAUAGUUUCAGUAUAGUUUGUCUUCACACCACUCUAACUGUAAAAUCCUGGCUAGACAAAGGGACAAAGUUCUGCUUUCAACCACGUUUGUCGAACAUGCUCUCCUUUUUUGUUCCCUGAGUCAGCAAAAGCGGCCACAGUUUGCUUGGGAGACAUUAAUAAGGCAACACUUUCAGUUCCCUGCUUGUCUACACAAAGGACCCAACAGCUGUGGAUGUGGCAGUGAUCCACUUAGGCAUAAUAUGGAGUAAGAGUGCCCCACACAGUUUGAUAAUAAGAUGCCAUAAAUAGGAAUGGAGGCGCUUAAUCCCUUCAAGCGGGCUGUGCAGCGUCUCCACGUCCAUCCCUCAGUCGGGAAGGAAGCCCUGGGAGCAGCGCUUUCCUGCUGGUGUCCUGGGGAGUGAUGCUAGAUGCAUCCUACGUAGGGGAUGGAAAUUCCAAAAUCGCCAGCGUGUAUAUCAACAACAGCCAUGGCGUGGAUGACGACGACUUCUACGACAGGAACUUGGCCCUGUUUGAGGAGGAGAUGGACACCCGGCCCAAAGUCUCGUCUCUGCUCAGCAGGCUGGCCAACUACACCAACCUGACACAGGGGGCCAAGGAGCACGAGGAAGCGGAGAGCAUUGGCGAGAAGAAGAAAGCCAGCAAGUCGCCGCAGAUGGGGACCUUCAUGGGCGUCUACCUGCCAUGCCUGCAGAACAUCUUUGGCGUCAUCCUGUUCCUGCGUUUGACCUGGGUAGUUGGGACUGCUGGUGUGCUACAGGGCCUCUGCAUUGUCUUCAUCUGCUGCUGCUGCACACUGCUGACCGCCAUAUCGAUGAGCGCCAUCGCAACGAACGGAGUGGUUCCAGCUGGAGGCUCCUACUUCAUGAUCAGCCGCUCUCUGGGUCCAGAGUUUGGGGGUGCGGUGGGCCUGUGCUUUUACCUGGGAACCACCUUUGCUGGAGCCAUGUACAUCCUCGGAGCCAUUGAGAUCUUACUGAUGUAUAUCGCUCCAGAUGCGGCCAUCUUUGCUGCCAAGGGGUUGGAGGGAGAGGGUGCAGCCAUGCUGAAUAACAUGCGUGUCUAUGGCUCUGUCUGCCUCCUCCUCAUGUCCCUGCUGGUCUUUGUGGGUGUCAAAUAUGUCAACAAGCUGGCCUCUGUCUUCUUGGCCUGCGUCAUUGUCUCAAUCGUCUCCAUCUAUGUCGGUGCACUAGUCUCCGCUUUCAAGCCACCCAACUUCCCGGUGUGUAUGCUCGGAAACAGAACUAUCAACGGUCACGAUCUCGUCGAUGACCAGUGUGCCAAAACUGUCCUUCUGCCAGACGAGAGGGAGGACGCCAACGUUACACUUCCCAUCGCAGAACCCAACACCACCGUCCUGCCGACUUUUGAGCCUGCCACCAGUUCCACUCUCAUGGAGAAGACGACAUACUUGUGGAGCCGCUUCUGCCAGAGCACAGAGCUCAAUGCCACCUGCGACGAUUACUUCAGCGCCAACAACUUUUCCAGGAUCAAAGGCAUUCCCGGCCUGGGCAGUGGAAUAAUUGCAGACAACCUGUGGAGCUCUUAUCUCAGCAAAGGAGAUGUGGUGGAGAAAAGCUCCUUGAGUGCUUCACAUGGGGUGCACUCGGCAUCCACCCAGCAGCCUUACGUCUUUGCUGACAUUACCACCUCGUUCACGCUGCUGGUGGGAAUCUUCUUCCCGUCGGUCACUGGAAUCAUGGCUGGUUCUAACCGGUCGGGGGACCUGAAAGAUGCCCAGCGUUCCAUACCCAUUGGGACCAUCCUUGCUAUCCUCACCACCUCUGUUGUUUACUUGAGCAGCGUUCUUUUGUUUGGUGCCUGCAUUGAAGGUGUGGUCCUCCGAGACAAGUUCGGCGACUCAGUCAAAGGGAAUCUGGUGGUGGGCACCCUCGCUUGGCCCACCCCCUGGGUCAUUGUGGUGGGCUCCUUCUUCUCUACAUGUGGCGCGGGCCUCCAGUCCCUGACAGGCGCUCCGAGACUUCUGCAGGCAAUCGCCAAGGACAACAUUAUUCCCUUCCUUCGGGUAUUCGGUCAGGGCAAAGCUAACGGUGAGCCCACGUGGGCACUGCUCCUGACAGCCCUAAUCGCCGAGCUGGGCAUCCUCAUUGCAUCUCUGGACCUCGUGGCUCCCAUCCUGACCAUGUUCUUCUUGAUGUGCUAUCUGUUUGUCAACCUGGCCUGUGCUCUCCAGACCCUCUUGAGGACACCCAACUGGAGGCCGCGCUUCUCCUACUACCACUGGACCCUGUCAUUUUUGGGAAUGACAAUCUGUCUGGCGCUAAUGUUCAUCUCCUCAUGGUACUACGCAAUCAUUGCUAUGGUGAUCGCAAGCAUGAUCUACAAGUACAUUGAGUAUCACGGAGCAGAGAAAGAGUGGGGGGAUGGAAUCCGUGGCCUCUCGCUCAGUGCCGCUCGUUACGCCCUGCUUAGGUUGGAAGAAGGGCCGCCACACACCAAGAACUGGAGGCCUCAGCUACUGGUCUUACUCAAGCUGGACGAAGAUGCACACGUCAAGUCUCCUCGUCUGCUGACCUUUGCCAGCCAACUGAAGGCGGGGAAAGGCCUGACCAUCGUGGGCACCGUGGUUCCUGGCAACUUCCUGCAGAGCUACGGAGAGGCGCUGGCAGCAGAGCAGACCCUGAAGCUCCUGAUGGACAAGGAGCGUGUGAAGGGCUUCUGCCAGUGCAUCGUAGCACAGAAGGCACGUGAAGGGAUCAGUCACAUGAUCCAGUCUAGUGGCCUAGGCGGGAUGAAGCCUAACACCGUGGUGAUGGGAUGGCCUCAUGCCUGGAGGCAGAGCGAGGACCCACAGUCCUGGAAGACUUUCAUCAACACUGUGCGUGUCACCACAGCCGCCCACCUGGCACUACUGGUGCCCAAAAACAUCUCCCUGUUCCCCAGCAACAGCGAGCCGUGCACAGACGGCUACAUUGAUGUGUGGUGGAUCGUGCACGAUGGCGGGAUGCUGAUGCUUCUGCCCUUCCUGCUGCGCCAGCACAAGGUGUGGCGCAAGUGUGGGAUGCGGAUCUUCACCGUGGCCCAGAUGGAAGACAAUUCCAUCCAGAUGAAGAAGGACUUGGCAACGUUCCUCUAUCACCUACGCAUUGAAGCGGAAGUGGAAGUUGUGGAGAUGCAUGACAGUGACAUUAGUGCGUACACCUACGAGAGGACCCUGAUGAUGGAGCAGAGGUCCCAGAUGCUUCGCCAGAUGCGGCUUUCCAAAUCUGACCGCGAGCGAGAGCGGGUUCGGUGGAGUUUUGAUGAUGUGUAUCUUUCCCCUAAGUAUGGCGGAACUGGAGUCUCCAAAGCCCGCACAGGAAACCGACAGGCUCAACUUGUCAAAGACCGGAACUCCAUGUUGAGACUGACCAGUAUCGGUUCGGAUGAAGACGAUGACACAGAUGCUGGUGAGCGGGACCGAGCGGCGACCGGCGAUGGCUCCUCGGACCGCCACCGCCGUGUUCAGAUGACCUGGACCAAAGAGAAGGCCUCACAGUACCGUGCCACGCACUCUGGAUGCUCCACGCCUGAGGGCUUCAGGGACAUGCUCAGCAUCCGGCCAGACCAUUCCAAUGUGAGGAGGAUGCACACAGCCGUCAAGCUCAACGAGGUGAUCGUCAACAAAUCCCAUGAUGCCCGAGUUGUACUGCUCAACAUGCCAGGACCGCCAAGGAACACAGAGGGGGAUGAAAACUACAUGGAGUUCCUUGAAGUUCUAACUGAGGGCCUGGAGCGUGUCCUGCUGGUCCGAGGCGGAGGAAGUGAAGUCAUCACCAUCUACUCCUGAUGGGGGAUGACUGCUUUUGAAAAGAGAUGCCAAUCAACAGGAAGUGAGAGGUGGAGGCAGUGUAGGGUUGGUCAUCGGCUGCAUGGUCAUACUCAAAACAAAGCGUCGCUGGUCACCCACUUGUCUUCUCGCUUCUCUGUCGUCACACGCCUUUCCAUUCCGCUGGCGUCAAGAAAGGCCAUGUGUUAUUGUGAGGGUCGCCGAAGGAUGUCAGAAGUUCUCUGACAAGACUCAGGGUUUCAUUUUGUUUUUAUUUGUAUUGUUAUCAAAGUAAGGUAUGUUUUUCUCACAUUUUUUCUGCACUUUUCCCAGAAUAAUAAGUUCAUUUGUUAGUCAUUUGGUUUGUCACAAUUUCACAUUUUUACCUUUUUAAGAAUUGUUUCUCAUCUCUCAUUUUUAACUGACAAAAAUCCCUCGUAGUUCUGAUGUGAGGCGUAAAAGAAAGUCUGACUAACAGGAAAGUGACGCGCGGCUUCCCUGCAUCUCACUGCAAUACCUUCGUUGUUACAAUUAGCAAACUAAACCCCGAGCUUGAACCUUGUGUGCAUCGUGUCUCAGGAGGCGGAGCAGUUUGUGGUGCUUUUGAGGGGCAUUUUCAGACCAUCCAGAUAGAAAGGACCACUGCGGAGAGAAGCGUGCAUGUGUUUUAUGUGGAAAUGAUACACGUGUUCAUCAAAGUUGAACUGCUGAUGUGUCACCGUGUCUGUGUGUGUGAAUGAGAGCUUGUUGCAACAUGAACCGUGAACUGCAGUGUUAGUUUUUUCCCUUAUGUUCAGAUUUUUAGUGUUACAGUGCAGGGAUUUUUCUUUUUAUGUUUAUUGCUUGUAUAUAAAGAUUCCAAGUUGUAUUCUUUUUUUUUUAUCACAUUAAUAUAAAAUGAGGCAUAAAACUUGUGCUUGAAAAUUUUGGGAAUAAAGUGA